AUGGGCAACCUCUGUGGAAAAAGAUCUAUGGACGACCCUUUUGGGCAGCCAGGUCGCACCAUCAAAUCAGUACCACUUCACUCGAGUGUCAAAACCAUACCAAUUCCCAAAACUGUGGGGGAGCCUGCUCGCAGGCUUGGAUCCAAGUCGCAUACUGAGGGUGAAGACCAAGGAGAUGCUAGGCAGAAAGCUGCUGAAGCAGCAGAGGCUAGAGCAAAAUUAGCCAGUGCACCGAAACAUAAACUGGCAGGAAAAUUACAGGAGCAAAAGAAGCUGACCCGCUCUGGUUUACUGGAAGAUUUAAGCCAAUCAGAAUUGAAAGCUCGAGCUGUAGAAGAGCAAGCUAGGGUUAUGGCAUAUAAUUGA